AUCGCCAUAGGGACCUCUUUCAAUUCUGUACAGUGAGUUUUCCCUUACCCUCCAACCCCUCUUGUCAUUUUCUUCCUCUCCCUCUCAAGAGGGGUCCAAUUAGGGGGAAAGAGUUGAAGAAAUCUUCCUUCCUUUACCAUUCCAUUCCCAUUUCCCUUUUUCACAAGCCCUUUCUCUCUCUAAAACUUUCAACUCAAAUCAAGGUUGCCAGGUUGACUGCCAAAAGCUUCAUAGUAAGCAAGCUUAAUCAUUGAUGGAGAAUAGAAUACCAGCAGGAAGUUACUUCCAGUAUUCUCCUACUGGUGUUCAUGGUUCACUUCCGAGGUCUUCCUCUCCCUCAGAUCGUGAAAGAUAUUUGGCAGAAUUGCUUGCAGAGAGGCAAAAGUUAGCACCAUUUAUGCAAGUCAUGCCAAUAUGCAGCAGGCUCCUAAAUCAAGAGAUCAUGAAGACGUCUGGACUUGUGUCCAACCAAAAUUUUGUGGAUCAUGAAAGAAUGUUGCGUGACAGGUCAUAUCAGUCGUUUGGUCACAAACCUAAUGGGGGUCCAAUGAACGUAGAGGCAUGGCCUUCAAUGCAACAAGAGGAUAAUCGGCUUCUCCAAAGAAUGGCCUCAUUUCAAGCUUCUGCUAUGGGUUGGCCUGCAUCGCCAGGAAUGGCAACCCCUACAGUUGUAAAGAAAGUUAUAAGGCUUGAUGUUCCUGUCGAGAAAUUCCCAAAUUAUAACUUUGUUGGCCGAAUCUUGGGUCCACGUGGAAAUUCCCUGAAAAGGAUAGAAGCCAUGACGGAGUGUAGAAUCUAUAUCAGAGGUCGAGGCUCAGUGAAGGAUUCUGUUAAGGAAGAGAAGUUAAAAGACAAACCAGGUUAUGAACACCUUAACGACCCACUUCACCUGUUGCUUGAAGCCGAAUUUCCUGAAGGCAUAAUAGACUCACGCUUGGAUCAUGCAGUGGCACUACUAGAGAACCUACUAAAGCCAGUGGAUGAAUCCAUGGAUACUUAUAAGAAGCAUCAACUAAGAGAAUUGGCCAUGCUGAAUGGUACGCUGAGGGAAGAAAGCCCUAGCAUGAGUCCUAGUAUGAGCCCGAGUAUGUCUCCCUUUAACAGCAAUGGAAUGAAACGAGCCAAAACAGGAAAAUGACAGGCUGGCAACCCCAGAGACGGGAUUUAAUUCUGUUUAGAUGCUGAGAUUGCUAGCAUCAAUCUGAUUCACGGUGUUCACCCAUGACUAUAUGCUUGUUACAGCCAGAAGACAUGACCAGAAAUCCAAGAGAAGAAGGUUCGGUUUUGUGGCAUAUGGUGACAGAUUCAGGCAAACGGUCUGGCUGAAGAACAAAAACUGCUUUCAUACCUUAGGUUCAAAAAAAGACUCGAUAUUUAUGUCUAGUUUCUCUAUUCUUUCGUGUGUGAUUGGUUUUUGAUGUUUUUUAGUUCAGUUUUCAUCCAGGUUGAAAUAAGCAACAAUUGUAUUACAGUAGUCUAGUUUUCUUUCAUUAUAACCAAUGAAUCUAAGGGAAAAAGGAGAACUUUGUAUAAUAGUUUGAAUCUUUGCAGCACCCGUUAAUUCAAUAACAUUAAGUUGCUUUUUUCU